AUGGCACAAUACGGAGAUCAGAAAUACGAAAGAGAAGGUCGGCAAACAGAUGAGUAUGACAACUCAGUUCCGAAAACUGAUGCGUACGGAAACCCACUUCACUCUGCCACCGAGGAAACCAACGGUGAAUAUGGUGUCACUGGUCACCAGGGUCUAGGUCACGCCACUGGAGCAACUGAAUCGUAUCAAAACCAACCUAGCGCCACCCCUUUUUCCGGCAGCGACAUUGGCACAGGAACUGGUGCAACGACGGACUUGGAGUCGCCGGUCACAAGCAAUCUAGUGCCACCCCUUUUGCCAGCACCGGCACGGGCACGGACAUUGGCACUAAAAACUGGGACAGGCUACGAUCAACAUAGCGAAGAAGGCCAUGAGAAGCUUCUUGGUGGUCACAGCACAGAUGAUCAUCAAAAGGUCUCCACAACAAAGGCAGACGGCUUUGCUGGCGGUUAUGGGGAGGGAGGGGAAACCCACGAGAAGAAAGGGGUGACGGAGAAGAUAAGAGAAAAGCUUCCCGGUGGUCAAAACAAGGACGGGCAUCAAAAGGUGUCCACAACAACACCAGACGGCAUUGAUAGUGGUUAUGUGGAAGGAGGGGACACCUACGAGAAGAAAGGGGUGACUGAGAAGAUCAAAGAAACGCUUCCCGGUGGUCACAAAACAGACGAGCAUCAAAGGGUGUCCUCAACGACAGGCGGAGUUGGUGGUGGAGGUUAUGGGGAAGGAGGGGAAACGCACGAGAAAAAAGGGGUGAUGGAAAAGAUCAAGGAGAAGCUUCCUGGACAUCAUUAG